UAGGAAGUCCAAGCUCCUGUUGCCUAAGUCCCUUGACCGCUCUCUCUCUCUCUCUCUCUCUCUCUCUCUCUUUCACACACACAAGUGCCAUUUUCCCACAUACACUCUAUCAAAAUGAGACCCCCAACCGUUCCAAAUGCUCUACCCUUUCCUUUCUUUAUGCUCUCCGUCCACUAAAAGCAUUCGCUCUUCGCCCAACCAACCCCUAUCUUCAGAAAAAAAGAUCGCCCAACCAAACCCUCACCCCCCCCCCCCCUCUCCCUCUCUAGAUCACUACAUACAAAGAGAAUAAAAAAGGAACACUUGCAGAUCAUGCACCCUCUCAAAGCUCUUCCUCAUUCUCUUACUCCCCACUUCAUCUCUACAUAGAAAGAAAGAAAAAGAAUAAGAAAGCGGUGCUGCAGCUGCAUGCAAGUACCGGGGAACCUGGUGCAAAACUUCAGACUGGUGAAGCGGGUUUUCCAGAGCUUAUCCGUCCAUCAACAGACACCAUCCAGAUCAAGGAAAAAGGAGAGGAAGAGAUUAUAGAAUGCAAACUCAAGGAGUCUUCACGGAAACCACCUCAAUCCCUUCCCCCGACCUCUCGUUGCACAUCAGACCCCCAAGAACCACACCCUCCUCGACGGCCGACACCCACCAUGACCUCAGCCUCGACCUCCUUCAGCGGAUCGAAGCCCUCAAACCACAAGCCGACAGCUGCUCAAACUUCGCUUGCACCGAUCUGACCCUCUCAAGUCCGUUGGCAACCUCGGAGGUAGAUGGCCCAUGGAGGUGGGAAGGAGCACUGCAGGAUAGGUGCCACAACAGCCAUCUCAGCGACUUGGUGUUGGAUGACCGGAGGCCAAUAAAGGGAAUCCCCAUCUACAACAGCAAUACCUCACCGUUCCUCUCAGCUGAUCCCACGAUGGGAUUCAACCACCAAAUGUCAUCCACACCUUCUUUAUGGUCCUCAUUUUGCUCUUCGGUGCCAUCUUCACCUUCUUCUUCUAGUGGUUACUCUUCCAAUUUAGACACAGCGGCAUCUUUCCUGCAUCCAGUGAUGGCACCACCGACAAGGUUCGCCGGGUUAUCAUCAGACACAAUCAACUACAACCACCACCCCCACCACCACCAUCAAUAUGGAAUUGGGCCGCUAGAUGUCUCUCACAACAUGAUGAGGUCUAGAUUCAUGCAGAAGCUCUCGGCGAAGCGGAGUAUGCGUGCACCAAGAAUGCGGUGGACUAGCACACUUCAUGCCCGCUUCGUCCAUGCUGUCGAGCUCCUCGGUGGUCAUGAGAGGGCGACGCCGAAGUCUGUUCUCGAGCUCAUGGAUGUGAAAGAUCUGACUCUAGCCCAUGUCAAGAGCCACUUACAGAUGUAUAGAACUGUUAAAUCCACUGACAAGCCUGCAGCUUCCUCAGCUCAAUCAGAAGGCUCAGGCGAAGAAGAUUCUGCUCUUGGGACUGGAGAUCUCAGCUUCCAUCAACUAAUGGAGCACGAAGGAUCAAAUAAACCAGUCCAACCAAAGGACAUGGACUCGAGUACUAGAUGGAGAAACUCAUCUAACGGAGGAGCUUGGUUGCAAACCAAUCCAAGUGACAUGGAAGGGUUUGAACCAACAACUUUCACAUCUCGGACAGAGGUACUUACAAGCAAUUGCUGGAUACCACACGCACCACACAGAGAUACAGAUAAAGACUCUGUUUAUAAAGUUAAUGGAAUAUAUGAUAGCCACCUUUGCCGAUCCAAUGGUUCUACUGGUUCUCAUGAAGAACUCAAAAACCCUAGCCUGGAGUUCACCUUAGGAAGACCAGACUGGCAUGACAGAGAGCAGGAUUAAUGCUAGCAGAGCUACACGAAGGUGGUAUGCAUUCAGUGGCUCCUGGAAGGUUCUAAGGCAUUUAUGUCAACAGUGAGGAAUAUAAGGAGGCGUAUAUGAAGGGUGAGGGGACACUGGAAAUUAUUCUGUCAUUCUUGUUUGCAUGGUGCGUGAACCUUACGUUCUUUAUCUGGGCCUUGUUCUUCUUCUUCUCUGGAUUUUCUUUUGUCCCUUAUUUAUCAUAAGUUUCUUCGCUUCUUGAUUUUAUUCCUUUUAUUUUCUCCUCGUGUGACACUUAUAACCACUAGAGAGUGGAAUUGCUAGAGCUCAAGUUAAUUGGUGUCUAACAGAUGCUGUACACAUAAAACUUGGAAAGAAAAAAUAUUAUUUUAUGCAG